GCACGCCUCCCCGACGAAAAAUACCCAACAACUCCACCAGAAAAAGCCCGCGAACCUAUACAUAGUAGCCCCCACCGACGCGGUCCCUAAAGCUCGGCACACCUCCAGGAGGUCAGUCUCCAACGUAUUUGCACUGCUAAUUUAUCGCUGCUCUGCUUCUACCAGAUGGUUUCGGUUUUGUUCCUCCUGCCUGUGCGUCCGGACCCCCGCGCUUUGGAGCAUUGAGGCAUAUGUUGGGGAUAUAUAGAUAUGGAUGAGAAUAGGGAUGCGAGUGAUACGGCCACUGGCAAAGGAAGGGGUGGUGUGCUGUGGAAGGCCCUAUACAGGGAUGUAGUAGGGGGGUUAGGGGGAAGGCGGAGACCGGGAGUGUGAUUACUAGUGUACACGUAUUUGAGUAUCCAUGGGCGCACCCACAAUUUCAAUGCUAAUAAUAUUACCACGCUGUAGAAGGGGCAGGAGAGUAACAACAAACCAGGUAGAUUAUUGCUCGCGUCUAAUUUUUUCCCAAAAGGCAUACGCAACCGACUGCUGUGAGCGGGGUGGGACGCCGGGUCCAUGGGUUCCAUACAAAACCGCAACUUGAAGAUCGCUUCCGCAGACUCUCGUUUUUUUCCCUUCUAUCAGAUACAAACCAAAGGACAAAGGGAGGGGAUGUGGCCGUUCUGAUACGUCGCCGGUUCCUACGCAUCCCUUCCAAAUUUUCUUCAACCUCCUUUGCCAUUAUUCGGACCCGUUCCUGGGGGUAAGUUUGGUGGGAUAGCUAUCGUGCGUCGUACCGGGGCGGUCACGACCGAUCGCUCAUUGCUUCUAGGACAUGAGAGGGCUGUUCGAAUUUGGGGCUCCCGCGUGGGUGUGAAGGGCGAUGGGUGUGGUUAUGACGUGACCUUAAUUAGUUAGCGCAGUAGAAUGUACUUGUACAAGCAGUACCAGCAUCUAAUUUACGAUCCUCAUACUCACG